AUGGCCCACCAAGAAAAGAUCUCUGUGUAUUCGCUGCCUGAUCUCAAAAACACUUCCGACGACGCCGUCCCUGCCUACCUCAAUUCCCUUAAAUUCAAGCAAUCCCACACCCUUACCGAUGUCCGCCUGGCUCUAGGCUACUCGGCCUUCGCCAUCUGCGCCGCAACCUUUUACUGGGACUACAAGCUCGGCUUCGACAGCACAAAGCAGUACACCGCCGUGGCCGUCGCCCUCUACACCCUUAUCAAUGGCAUCCUGACCCUCUGGAUCUGGGGCGUCGAGAAAGGCACUAUCUACGUCGGCACGAACGCCGCCGGCGACAAGGUCCAAAUCGCCUCCAAGACGGAGAAGCACGUCCCCGUCUACAACCUGACGGUGACGACGUGGAAGGCGGGCAAGGGGAAGGGUGAGACCAAGGCUAUCAAGAAGCCGUUUACGAAGUGGUUCGACAAGCAGGGGAGCUUUGUGGCGCUGCCGUUCCAGCAGAUGCUUGCAACUGGGAUAGAGGUUGUGGGCAUGGCGGACCCUGGGAAGGUGGUGCUGCCCGAGAAAAAGGUGGCCAGCGUGGAGGGCGAGGGCCAGGAGAAGAGUAUGGAUGAUAAGUGGGCGAGUCUGUUGGCGGAGAGCUCGGGGGUUAGUGUCGAAGAGGCUACGCCGACAAAGGGGAAGAAGAGGAGCAAGAAGGCUACGUAG